AUGACAAUUUCUGAGAGCGAGGAGAUAGUGCUGUUUAUUAGUACAGUAUAUUCCCAGGUGGAGGGAUCUUCUGCAGGAGCAGCCUGUGAAGACCCACCUCUCGUUGACUUUGGAGAAAUCGUUAGUGGGCAUAAAUCAGGAUAUAAGGAAAGUGACAGAGUGCGGUACGUGUGCAACCCCGGAUACACUUUAUCAGGAUCAGAAUGGGUAACGUGCCAUCACAAAAUCUGGGUACCUCGACCACCACAAUGUUUGGCACCAUGUACCAUUACGAAACAGCAACUGGAAGUCCAAAACCUUCUUCUCUCCAAUGGAAAAAGACACACAUUUUUGAUUCAAAGCGGUCAGUGGCAGAAGUUUAUGUGCAUGACAGGAUUUAAUCUCACAGCCUCUCCUACCAAGCAGUGUUUUAAUGGGCAAAUCGAGCUUCCUUCCUGUAUCGCUGAAAUUGUGUGCUCUCCUCCAAGAAUUCCCAAUGGGAACUUUAGACCUCAAGAAGACAACUACGUAGUAGGUGAUAUAAUCACAGUACAGUGUAAUCCUGGAUAUCAUUUUAAAGCAUUGACUGGCAAAAGCACAGCAGAAUGCACCAAGAAUGGCUGGGUGCCUGAUCCAGGCUGUGUCCAGAAACCAUGUGACUACCCAGCUAUAGAAAAUGGCAAGUUAAGUGAAAGCAUGGAGAACUACAAAAGCUAUUACUUUCCAAUGAAGUUUGGGCAGCAAACUCAUUACUACUGCAAUAAUGGUUAUUCAACCCCGAGUGGAGAAUUCUGGGUUCUCAUGGUCUGUUCUGAAAGGGGCUGGUCUCCAGAGCCAAAAUGCCUCAAAAAAUGUCAUGUCAGACGGAUGGCAAAUGGUUAUUUCUCACAUAACCGGAAGUAUGUUUACAAGGAAGGUGAAAGAGUUAAAUAUGUCUGCAACGAUGGCUAUCAUACUGAACGUGAAGAUGGGGAAGUCACGUGCACAAAGGAUGACUGGUCACCUCCUCCACGAUGUGUCCGUAAAAAUGUUAGCUGUGGAGCCGCACCUGAAAUUCCCAAUGCUUAUAUUACAAGCACUCACCAGGAGAGGUAUCUGCCCAGUGCCAGAGUGCAGUAUGAAUGUGAAAGCAAUUUUCAAAUGAUGGGUGGAAAUUAUGUCACUUGUAGAAACGGAGAAUGGUCACAAGCACCAAUCUGCAGAGAUGUGACAUGUGAACCUCCUCCAGAAAUUGCGGGUGGUAACGUUCAAGGUGUGAAAAAGUCAAGGUAUUUGCCUGGGGAGAGUGCUCGCUAUCAGUGCUGGCAAGGUUUUCAGAUGACUGGGACUUCCACCGUAGCAUGUCAGAAUGGGACCUGGACAGAGCUGCCCAAGUGCAAAGGGAAAGGUGGGAAAUGUGGCCCGCCUCCAGUUAUUGAAAAUGGAGACCUUCUUUCCUUCCCCAUGCAAGAAUAUCCACAAGGUACAACUCUGGAAUACAAAUGCCCCAGUCUCUACGUCCUGGAAGGAUCUCGGUAUAUCAUCUGUACUGGCGGGCAGUGGACAAGCCCCCCAGUUUGCCUAGGUAGGUUGAAGCACGUGCUGUGUGGCCAAAGGCUGUGUGAUUGCUCCUGUUUUCUUUUUCUCAGAUCCUGA